AUGAAGUUCUCUACUCUCGCCCUUGCUGCCCUUUCUCAGGUCGCUUCUGCCCAUUACUUCUUCGAGGUCGCCACCGUCAACGGCCAGGACUCUGCUCCUUUCCAGUACAUCCGUGACUUCACCCGUGCUACCAAGUACAACCCCAUCAAGUUCUCCUCCAACCCUUCCGCCGACAUCCGCGACAACUCUUUCGCUGAUGGCGAGGACAUCAUCUGCAACCAGGGUGCCACCUCCAACGGUGCCUCUACUGAGGUCGCCGAUGUCAAGGCUGGUGAUGUGAUCACCUUCAAGCUCGGUGUUGGCGGUAAGAUGGGUCACCCCGGACCUACUCUGGCCUACAUGUCCGCCGCUGGUAGUGACGUCAAGUCCUACAAGGGUGACGGUGACUGGUUCAAGAUCAUGGAGGAGGGCGUCUGCAACGCCGGCGGUGACUUCACCAAGGACGCCUGGUGCAACUACGACUCUCCCUCCGCUGAUGUCAAGAUCCCCGAGGGUACCCCCGAUGGCCAGUACCUCCUCCGUGUUGAGCACAUCGGUAUCCACCGAUCGCACGUCAACCAACCCGAGCACUACGUCUCCUGCAUGCAGGUUGCUGUCACCGGUGGUGGCUCCGGCAAGGUCGACGCCGAGAUGGUCAAGUUCCCCGGUGCCUACAAGGACACCGACGAGUACGCCAACUUCUCCAUCUACAACGGUGCUAAGGACUUCCCCAUGCCCGGCCCCAAGGUCUGGAGUGGUACCACCUCUGCCGGUGGCUCUACUGGCGGCAACGAUGCCCCCGCCGAGACCCCCGCUGCCGGUAACGACGCCCCCGCCGAGACCCCCGCCGCUGGCAACGGUGCUUCCACUCCCGCUCCCGAUGCCGGUAACGGUCAGCAGCAGGGUGGUGAGCAGCAGCAAGGAAACCAGGGCGGUUUCCCCGGCCAGGGUAACCAGGGUGGCUUCCCUGGUGCCCAGAACGCUGGCUCUAACUCUCCCUGCUCCGCUUAA